UGGCCGCUGUGUGCGCUCCUCCGUGCGCUCCGCUCCGCUCCGCUCAUUGUGUCUGAACCGCCGGCGAGCUUUCGACUCUUCCUCCACCGCGGUCAUGUCGGGCAGGUCGGUCCGAGCGGAGACCCGCAGCAGGGCCAAGGAUGACAUCAAGAGGGUCAUGGCCGCGAUCGAGAAGGUCCGGAAAUGGGAGAAGAAGUGGGUGACGGUCGGAGACACGUCUCUUCGUAUCUACAAAUGGGUCCCGGUGACGGAGCCCAAAUCAGACGACAAAAACAAAAACAAGAAGAAGGGCAAAGACGAGAAGUACGGCUCCGAGCUGACCACUCCGGAGAACAGCUCCUCUCCGGGGAUGAUGGACAUGCACGAUGACAACAGUAACCAGAGCUCCAUAGCCGACUCGUCCCCGGUGAAGCAGGAGAACAGCUGCAGCACCAGCCCCGCCCCGGAGAACCAGAGCGUGACGCACCGCGAAGGCAGCGAGGCCAAGAGCGAGUCCAGUCCGGACGGCAAGCGAGGGAAGACCGUCGCCUCAUCAGAGACCUCAGAGCGAGCACCAAGUGCCAAGAGGGACGGUCUGUCCUCCGGGGACAAGGACUCGGACAGCAAAGCCACUCAGGACCUGGAGGAGGAGGCCCCGCCCAGCAAGAAGAGCAAACUUGAGUCCUCGUCUCAGGACUUCGAGGAGAGUUAAGAAGUUUGUGGGCCGAGUCGCCCCCCCCCCCCCGCCCCUCCCCCCACCCCAUUAACUCUAGAUACCUGUAGGGCUAAUGGACACUCCAGUCCCCCCCCACUCCGCUCUGCCCAGUGAGAUGGAGAGUGGCUGUUACCUCUGUUCACCUCCCCCCUCCUCCGUGCUUCCUUCCAGUCCUCCUUUUCACUAAUGCCAAGAGAAGCGCCCUCCCCCCCUCCCCUCCCUGACCAGGGGGGCGGAGCCACCCGCCCACAUCGACCCGGUUGCCGACCUGCGUUCAGAACCAGGGGAGAGCGGGCCGGCCCCCCCGGUCCGCCUCCCGUCGGCCUGACGUUCUCCAUUUGUUUAGGAAAAGUUUAGGGUUUCUUUCUCAGGAGGGUCAAUGCACUGUUAAGGUUGUCACAAUCGAUCACAGAUAGAUUUGCUGCUGUAGUGGAAGUUCUGUUUCCCCCCCCCCCCACCCAUAUGGAAGGUUCUCCAUUCGUGUUUUCAACGUGAACAGGUCUGUGGUCCGCAGACGGGCGGACUCGCGGCGUCGCCACGGUAACGAGCAACAGAACAACACGAGGGGGGAAUGAACUGAACCGUUCCCGUCAAACGUCUCGACUUGUUUGGUCUUUCAGAUGGACUCAGUUCGGAGGUUUGACUUGUUCUUGACGAUUCCGUUGCGUCGUCAAUCCGACCUUUAAAAAAAAACCCUCGGUGUUGUCUGUUGGUUCUUAUCGUGGUCGAGACACAAACUCCCCGAUGGUUCCGUGAAGACAGACGUAAGCUAGCGUAGAACGGGAGGCCCCGGCCCCGAUCCGGGGCCGGUCCGGGGCCCGUCCGGGGCCGGUCCGGGGCCGGUCCGGGGCCGGUCCGGGGCCGGUCCGGGGCCCGUCCGGGGCCCGUCCGGGGCCCGUCCGGGGCCGACCCAGUUUAGGUCAAACAGGUUUGAAUCACACUUUCGGUGCCAUGUUUGUUUCUCGUUUUGUUUCGCCUUAUUGUCACUUCUUCUUUAUUUUUCUAUUUCUUUGAAAGGAACAGUUUUUCCACAUUUCGAGGAAUAUUUCUGAGAGAAAAGUGAGAAAUCUGACGCUCCGGCUGUUCUUCUUCCUCUGAAACGACCCAGUUGUGAAACUGGGACUAUUUGCUGCUAAAAGGUGAAAUUUUAAUUUUACUUAAUGGAACGUUCGAGUUUUCAUCCUGAAUUCAGCUUUUUUCAGAAAAUGUUGAAAUUAAAUCUGGUAGAGUUUGAUAGAUUUAUUUCAACAAAACAUUUAGAUAAUUGAGGAUUUUUGGUUUAAAUUAAAAACCUAAAGUCAAGUGAAAAACCCACACAAAUCCAUCCGUUUGGUUUUUAUCAUUAUUUUGGAAAAAAAUUAGAUUUUGGAAUCGAAAUCCUCACAUUUCAAAAUUAUUGUUAAAAUCUAAUCUUUCUUCUUAAUAUUGACUCUUUUAAUGUAUCCGUCGUAACAGUUUUUGUUUUUUCACUCUUGAUGUUUUAACAUUGAUUUUUAAAUCAACGUUCGAUGAAAAAAAUGAAACUUUUUCUAACGUUCUCUAUUUUCUUUUUAUAAGACGUCUUUGAAAUACUCAAAAUCACAUCUUUCUAUUUCAACUUCAAAGGAAGUUUUUUUUAACAGAAUCCAGUUUCAAGAGUAAAAUGAAAACUAGCUUCUUUUUUUUUUCUUUUUUUUUUAAUGAGUCCUAGAAGUUAAAAUGAAGUUCACGUGUUCUGUUGCUGGGAUCAGGAUAAAAACUUUGACUCCUGGAGUUAAAUACUCUUCUCUCUCAGAAAUCUCCCUGAACUCGGCUGUAGACUGGAAUCCAAACACUAACACCAAGCUCCUCUUCCUGGAAACCUUGAUCUCCAUCACUUCCACCUCUUGAUUAUUUCUGACUUCCUGGUUCGCCUGAAGUCGACUUGUUUCUUUAGUUGUUUCCUCCCAUCAGAUCUGAUCUGUUUCUCACAGACGCGUCUCAAAGCGUCGAACAGCAGAAAAGUUCCGUUUUUCCAUCAUGAUUGUAGCUGAUCUCUUUUAAAAUGUUGGAUUUGAGUUUUGAAAAAGCAGACGGCGCUGCGUCUCCACGUUCCCACCCUCCCCGCGUUGCUGCCGCCGUCAGUCAGGCGGCCUCCGGAGGGCGCCGUGAACCUGCCGCCGACGGGGGACGAAUCCAGUGAAUUUUCCACACGUUCCAGAAACACGUGAAGUUUCCUGCGUCGGGUUCGGUCCUGGAGCUGCACCGGUGCUUCGUGUGACCUGCAGAUGUUCGUGUAGCUUCUAGGAAACGGGCCGGCGCUCCGGGUUCCUGCGCAGAUUCGUUUUUUUUUUUUUUUUUUUUUUACUUGAACUUUCCCGGCGUGGAUUCUGACGUCCCGACCUCGGGCCGACGCUCCAGAGGACGGUUAGCAUAUACCUCAUUCCCAGUCCGGCUGGAACUUCUAAACGGCUUCACGUCCGCUCACUUCUGUUGUAGCUUCUCACCCCGUCGAGCCAGUCGCUUAUAGUUUGCUCAUAAAUGUGUUUUAAGAGAAAAA